AUGGGCGGACGGGGCGGCGGCCGCCGCGUCCCGCCGUCGAUGCUGGCGUCCGGCGCGGCCCGCGACGUGCGGGACCCCCUCGCGGACUCGAACCAGCCCGACCAGGGAGACGACGAGGUGGACAUGGAGCAGCUGCGCACGGCCCGCGAGAAGGCCGAGUGGGCCAGGCGGCGCGCGGCCGAGGACGAGGCCGCGCAGGAGCGCCUGGGCUUCCCGACGCUCUCCGGCGAGGAGGAGCGGCUCGGGUGGCUGAUGAACUUCAGCACCUCGACCGUCGACGACGCGGAGGCCGGCGUCACGCUCUCGAGCGUCACGUGCUUCUUUGUGUGCGAGGACGGGUCGAUGUUCCGCGCGAAAGUGCCCUUCGCGCCGUACUUCUACCUCCACGUCCGCGACGGACACGAGCCCGACGUCGAGGCCUUCCUGCGCCGCCGCUUCGAGGGCGUCAUCAAGGACUGCGAGGUCGUGGAGCGCGAGGACCUGGACCUGAAGAACCACCUGGCGGGCGUCAAGCGGCGUCUGCUGAAGGUGUCGUUCCACAACGUGCAGGGGCUGAUGGACGUGAAGAAGGCGGUGCAGCGGUCGGUGCAGCGGGGCCGCGCGGACGGCGGGGCGGCCGCGGGGGGCGGCGGGGCGUACAACGCGCUGGUGGCGCGGCAGCAGGCGGCGCUGGCGGCCGGGCAGGCGGCGAUGGAGUGGCGCGGCGAGGCGGUGGCGGGCGGGGACGGCGGGGAGCGGCUGCGCGUGCAGGACGCGCUGGACGCGGUGGUGGAGCUGCGGGAGUACGACGUGCCGUACCACACGCGGUGGUCGAUCGACUCGGACGUGCGGUGCGGGCUGUGGUACGCCGUGCGCGUGGAGCAGGGCGUGCCGGUGCUGCGGCGGCGCGCGGACAUGGUGCGGUGGGCGGAGCCGCGCAUCGUGGCGUGGGACAUCGAGACGACGAAGCUGCCGCUCCAGUUCCCGAACGCCGAGGUGGACCAGGUCUUCAUGAUUUCCUACAUGAUCGACAGGCAGGGGUACCUGAUCGUGAACCGCGACAUCGUGACGGACGACAUCGCGGACUUCGAGUACUCCCCGAAGCCCGAGUUCCCCGGGCCGUUCCGCAUCUUCAACGAGGCGAACGAGGAGGCCACGCUGCGGCGCUUCUUCACGCACAUGCGCACGGCGCAGCCCGCGGUGUACGUCACGUACAACGGCGACUUCUUCGACUGGCCGUUCGUGGAGCGCCGCGCGAAGAUGUACAAGAUGGACGUGCGCGCCGAGCUCGGGUUCAAGACCAACGACCGCACCGGCGAGUGCCUCUCCCGCUUUGCCGUCCACAUGGACUGCCUGCACUGGGUCAACCGCGACUCCUACCUCCCGCAGGGGUCCCGCGGCCUUAAGGCCGUCACCAAGGCCAAGCUCGGGUACGACCCCGUCGAGGUCAACCCCGAGGACAUGCUCCGGUUUGCCGCCGAGCAGCCGCAGACCAUGGCCUCGUACUCGGUGUCGGACGCCGUGUCGACGUACUACCUGUACAUGACCUACAUCCACCCGUUCAUCUUCUCGCUCGCGACGAUCAUCCCGCUGCCGCCCGACGAGGUGCUCCGGAAGGGCUCGGGGACGCUGUGCGAGAUGCUGCUCAUGGUCCAGGCGUACCAGGCGCGCGUGGUGUGCCCGAACAAGCACGUGCAAGAGGUGGAGCGCUUCCACAAGGGGCACCCGCUGGAGGCCGAGACCUACAUCGGCGGCCACGUCGAGGCGCUCGAGGCGGGGGUGUACCGCGCCGACAUCCCCACCAAGUUCCGGUGCGACCCGGCGGGGUACCAGACGCUGCUGGACAACCUCGACCGCGACCUGGCGUACGCGGUGGAGCACGAGGGCGGCAUGCGGGUCGAGGACGUGGAGAACCUGGGGGAGGUGGCGGGCGAGAUCCGGCGGCGGCUGGAGGACCUCCGCGACCGCCCCGUGCGCGAGGAGAAGCCGCUGAUCUACCACCUGGACGUGGGCGCGAUGUACCCGAACAUCAUCCUGACGAACCGGCUGCAGCCGAGCGCGACGGUGACCGAGGAGGACUGUGCGGCGUGCGUGUACAACCGCCCCGGGAAGACGUGUCUGCGCGAGAUGGAGUGGGUGUGGCGCGGGGACUACUACAUGUCCAACCGGCACGAGUACAACCAGAUCAAGGCGCAGCUGGCGAGCGAGCGGCACGCGCUCCCCGACGGGAAGAUGUGCGACUGGGACGACCUGGACGCGGGCGAGCAGACGCGCCGGCUGAAGGACCGCCUGAAGAAGUACACGCAGCGCGCGUACAAGCGCGUGCUGGACAAGCCCGAGACGGAGCGGCGGGUCGCGGGGAUCUGCCAGCGCGAGAACGCCUUCUACAUCGACACGGUGCGGGCGUUCCGGGACCGCCGGUACGAGUACAAGAAGCUGAAGAAGGUGUGGACGGGGAAGCUGGAGGAGGCGCGGCGGGCGGGGGAGCCCGCGCGCGCGCAGGAGGCGGCCGACAUGUGCGUGCUGUACGAGAGCCUGCAGCUCGCGCACAAGUGCAUCCUGAACUCGUUCUACGGGUACGUGAUGCGCAAGGGCGCGCGCUGGUACUCGAUGGAGAUGGCCGGCGUGGUGACCUACACGGGCGCGCAGAUCAUCCAGAACGCCAACCGGCUCAUCACCCAGGUCGGCAAGCCGCUCGAGCUCGACACCGACGGCAUCUGGUGCGCGCUCCCGGGGUCCUUCCCGGAGGACUUCAAGCUCCGCGGGGCCGGCGGCAAGUCGUUCAAGAUGUCGUACCCGUGCUCGAUGCUCAACGUGCAAGUGGCCGAGUACAACACCAACGACCAGUACGGCGUGCUCGACCCGGCGACGGGGCGGUACUCGACGCGGCGCGAGAUGUCGAUCGAGUUCGAGGUCGACGGGCCGUACCUGGCGAUGGUGCUGCCCGCGUCGCAGCAGGAGGGCAAGCUCAUCAAGAAGCGGUACGCCGUGUUCAACUUCGACAAGUCGCUCGCGGAGCUCAAGGGCUUCGAGAUCAAGCGCCGCGGGGAGCUCAAGCUCGUCAAGGCCUUCCAGGGGGAGGUGUUCUCCAAGUUCCUCGAGGGGGGGACUAUUGCCGAGGUGUACGCGGCGGUGGGGGCUGUCGCGGACCGCUGGCUCGACAUGCUCGACACGCACGGCGUCGACCUCGGCGACGAGGAGCUGCUCGAGUACAUCUCCGAGUCCUGCACCAUGUCGAAGUCCCUCGAGGAGUACGAGGGCCGCAAGUCGUGCGCCGUCACCACCGCCACGCGCCUGGCCGAGUUCCUGGGCGACUCCCGCAUCAAGGACAAGGGGCUCAAGACCAACUACGUCGUCUCGCGCUUCCCCGAGGGCCGCCCCACCUCGGAGCGCGCCGUCCCCGUGAUCAUCUUCUCGGCGCAGCAGGUCAAGCCGCACCUGGCGCGGCACUUCUUGGCCAAGUGGUGCCGCGGCGCCGCGCUGUCGGGCGACCACGACCAGGACCCGGACCCGCGCGACAUCGUCGACUGGGCCUACUACAAGGAGCGCCUCGGGAACGCCGUGCAGAAGAUCAUCACCAUCCCCGCGGCAAUGCAGGGCGUGAGCAACCCCGUGCCGCGCGUGGCGCACCCGGAGUGGCUGCAGCGGCGCGUGCGGGCCAUGUCCGACAAGAGCCACCAGAUGAAGCUCGACGGCUUCAUGGCGGCGAUGCGCGCGGCGCCGCAGCAGGUGCCGUGCGGGGACGCCGAUGCCGACGGCGACGGCGAGGCGGAGAGCGACGGGGACGAGCCGCAGGUCGUCGCGGACAUCGAGGACAUGGGCAGCGCGAUGGGCGCGGCGCGGAAGCUGCUGCAGUCCGUCGGCGGGCGCAAGACGAAGCGCAAGGGCGACGGCGGGGACUCCCCCUCCCCGGGGGACGAAAACGGACCUGACGCGGACGCCGCGGCGCCGAAGACGCCGGAGCUCGUGCCCGCGGACCGCGACGAGGACUACGGCAGCUGGCUGCGCGCGCAGAAGGCGGUGUGGCGCUCGCGGCGCGCAGAGCUCGCACGGAAGCGCCAGCGGCAGGCGGCGGAGGCGGCGGCGCUGGCGCGGGCGGGCCCCAAGGGCACGGCGGGGAACUUCUUCCGGCAGCAGCAGCAGCAGGCCUCGACCUCGACGUGGCAGGUGCUCCAGGUCGCGGAGACGCGCGCGCCCGGCGAGUUCCGCCUGUGGGUGCUCGUCAACGGUCAGAUGUAUGCGGUGCCGCUGCGGAUGGACCGGACGUUCUACGUGGACUCGAGCCUGCAGCAGGAGGACAUCGCGAUCCACGAGAGCGAGCUCAUGAAGAGGGCCAAGCCGGCGAACGUGCGCCUGCCGUGGGGCCGCACGCCGCACAACGUCUGGCGCGUGGACCUGCCCGAGUUCGAGUUCCGGCAGGGCGCGUCGACGCUCGCGCUGGAGCUCGCGGCGCCGCACGUGCACGGCGUGUACGAGAGCCGCAUGCCGCUGCAGUUCCGCGCCGCCAUGGACCUGGGCUGCAUCGCCGCUGUCGCGCCGCACGCCACCGACCGGCCCCUGAACGCCGUCUUCGAGAUCGGGGACCUCCUGGUGCAAUCGUCCGCUGGGGCGCUCGGGAAGUACCUGUCGGACCGGACGGCGCUCAAGUCGGUGUUCGUGUACCACUCGUACCUCGAGGGCCGCAUGGCGCAGGCGGGCCGCGGCAUCAUCGUGGUCGUGCUGCCGGGCGUGGCGCGCGGCGUGUGCGCGGUGAUCAACCCCGCGCGGAGGGGCGCGCAGCAGGAGGUGGCGCCUGGCGCGAUGGAGAAGGAGUGGCGCGACCUGGCCCGCCAGCUCAACUGCGACAAGGACGCCCACCCCGACGCGCCCCCGCCCGUGCCGGAGAAGCUCAAGUUCGAGGUGGUUUACACUCGGGAUUUCCCUUCUGCUGCCAAGCACGCCAACCAGGCGAUCCGCGAGUACCGCGAGCGCGCCAAGGGCCCCGCGAUGGCCGUCUGCCAGGGCCCGCGCACGACGCUCGCGCUGCAGCGCGACAUCCCCGCGCUGCAGGAGCUCCCGUGCGUGCACCGCCCCGCGGUGGCCGACGACGGCCGCGCCCUGCGCGAGGCGCUCGGGUGGCAGUGGCAGGUGGCGCGCGGGGCGCUGGCGCGCGUCGCGCAGGGCGCGCUGUGGUUCGAGGAGUCGGUGCAGGCCGCGCGGUUCGCGAACCUGCCGCUGGGCAACCUGGGGGGCGACUGGGUGCUGCACACGGUGGACGUGCUGCUGGCGCGCGCGCUGCACGCGGACCAGCGGCUGGUGUGGGCGGCGGACGCGUCGCUGCCGGACGUGGGCGCGACGGACGCGGGCCCGGUGUCGCUGCUGGAGGGGCGGUGGCAGCCGCCCGAGAUCAACAACCCGGGGGCGUACCGGGAGGUGUGCGUGGAGCUGUCGGUGUGGCACCUGUGCGUGGCGACGAUGGACGCGGCGGAGCAGCUCGAGGCCAUGGAGGGCGCGCUCUCGUCGAUCGGCGGCGAGGGCGGCUGCGGGGGGGAGUUCGGCGUCCUGCGGUCGGUCAUCUUGACGUGGCUGCAGCAGGCCACCGUGCGGCACGACGUCUGCGCGGACGCGAUGCUCAAGCACCUCUACCGCUGGGUGUGCUCCGGCGCCGCCAGGCUCCACGACCCCACGCUCCAGCGCGCCCUGCAGGACCUCAUGGCGCGCCUCUUCCUGCACCUGGUCGCCGAGGUCACGCGCCUCGGCGCCCGCGUGAUCUUCGCCGAGCUCGGCCGCGUCGUCAUCGCGACGGGCAAGCGCACCAUCGAGGCCGCGCGCGACCACGUCGCCUUCCUGCUCUCCGCGGUGUCGCGCAACGAGAUGUUCCGUCUCCUGCAGCUGGAGCCCGGCGCGUACUACCACGCCGUGCUCUGGCGGGACCAGCACAACUUCACGGGGCUCAAGAGCACCGCGGACGAGCCGCGCGCGCCCUCGGACGUCGUCGAGAUGGAGGACAGCGCCGGGGGCAGCCCCGGCGCCGCAGGAGGCCUCGCCGCGGACAUGUCGCUGGCGGGGAUCGAGCUGGUGUCGGAGUGGGCGCUGGCGGACUACCUGCCCGAGGUCAUCCGCCAGGACCUGCACGUGCUCCUCGCGGAGGUCGUGUACCGCCCGUGGGAGCACGCGCGCCGCACGGCGCCGGCGGACGGCGGCGACGAGUCGCAGGAGGGCGCCGGCGACGCGGCCGCGGAGCUGGACAAGCCCGGGCGCGACGAGACGGCGGAGGUCCUGCUGGAGCACUUCAAGACGGCUCUGGUGCCGUCGCUGAUCGACAAGGUGCGCGACAUCGACCGCCACGUGGUGCUGGGGGACAAGGACCCCGCGCACAGGUUCCCGGAGCGCGCGGGGUCGCACCUGACGGCGCAGGAGCUCGGGACGCCUGCGCUCGCGUUCGUGCGCACGGCGUGCGAGGCGCUGGCGCUCGACGCGGCGCUGCGCGACGAGGCGGCGAUCCUGGCGCGGCAGCUCCUGCGCGUGCUGCACGUGCGGGAGUUCUCCGCGGAGGCGGAGUUCCGCGACCCGUGCCGGUCGUGGGUCCUGCGCGACGUGGUGUGCCACGCGUGCAACGACUGCCGCGACAUCGACCUGUGUCGGGACCACGAAGUGGAGGAGGGCGUGUGGCGGUGCCGCAUGGCCGCUUGCCGCCGCCCGUACGACCUCGAGGCGAUCGAGGCGGCGCUGUGCGCGCACCUCGACAUGCUCGGCGUGCAGUACCAGUCCCAGGACGUGCGGUGCGCCAAGUGCGGGCGCGUGAAGCGCGAGCGUCUGACGGCGCACUGCGACUGCGGCGGCGCGCUCGAGAACGACGUGCCGCUCGAGCGGGUGCGCGAGGAGCUCCGGAUCUUCGUGCGCGUCGCCGACCGGCAGGGGUUCGAGCUGCUGGGCGAGCAGGCGCGGUGGCUGCUGCAGGAGGUGGAGGCAGAGGAGGAGCCCGAGGAGCUGUUUGCCGACUCGGACGACGAGUAG